ACGAUGAAGGUCUGGAAUGUAGCAGUUGUGAUUGCAAUGAUAGUUCCAUAUAGUCUCAGUACUCGAUUGGGUUUGGAUAACAAUGUGCGUAACUUUAGUUUGGUCAGUAGAACAAUUAGUGAAUUACUUUCGGACGCUGCCUACAGGACAAUUCAUUUCCUUAAAUUCAACAACGAUGUAUCUGACCUUUUAAUGUCUAACAUUGUCUUUGACUAUAAUGGUCCAGUUGAAAUUUAUACCGGAAACUAUGGUAAAGCAGAUGCAGCAGUCAUGAUAGCAAAUUCAAAUUCGCUGGAAUCGAUAUUAACCGACGUUCUAAAAGAGAUAAGUUUUCUUAUUUUAACCGUGAACGUAUUUAACCAAAUGGAGAUAUUGCCAAUAAUCAUAAGCAAAUUAAGGACAACCAAGAUUGACAGAAUAACUGUUGUUUCGUUUGAUAGUGAGGGUGCUGUGGUUAACAUUUCAACACUUUUCCGGCACAAGACCAAUAACUGCGAAAAUAGUAACAUGCAUACCACGACAUCUCAAACACUUCAGGAUUCUGAAUCGCAUGUAAAAAAAGUAUCAGCUGAACGAUCAAAAACGGAUUUUCAAGGCUGUGUAAUGGAUGUAGGAGUAGUAUUGAUGGCACCAUUCACUAUAAUUGAGCAAAACGGUCAUGAUUUACAGUACUCUGGUAUAGAGGUUGAAAUGAUAAGAGUCCUGGGAGAGCAUUUCAAUUUUAAAAUACGGUUUGUCCAUCCUCCGAACGGAACCAAGUGGGGAAAUCUACACAAAAAUGGCAGCACUGGUUUAAUGGCGAUGUUACAAAGAGGUAGAGUAGAUUUUGCAAUUGGAUCAAUAGCUCGAACACUCACUAGAAACACGCUGCUGAAAGGGGGAGUAGGAAACUUUUAUGAUCAAAUCAUUUUUGGUGUGCCACCAGGAAUUCCAUACACUCCAUUGAAACAGUUAGCUAGGCCAGUAACAACCAAUGGUUGGAUCUUCAUCAUUGUGACGUGUAUUGCAGUAUCGAUACUUUUUUCAAUCGAUAUAGAUAGAUAUCUCUGUGUAAUAAAUCUCGAAAAGUGCAAAACCUCAUUCACUGACGUAUGGUCCAUACUUCUGGGAGGAGUAAUGAACAAUCCACCGACGGAAGUUUUCGGAAGAUAUUUACUGACAGGUUGGUUGUGGGCGACCUUGGUUUACAGAACUGCUUACCAAGCUAUACUGUUCGGGCACUUGAGACGUGGAGUUGAAUUUAAGCCCAUUCUUACAUUGGAGGAUACGUUUGAAGCAGGAGUUCAAUAUUACAUGUACAACAUUGCUCAAAGAUUUUUUGUUCGAAAUCCACGUAUCUUGAUGAGGUCGGUGAUAGUUGAGGACAACGCAUCGCUUCAGAAUAUUUUAGCUGAUAUUGCAGAAAACAAAUUAAUGGCAGCGUUUCCGUUGCCGAGGUCUAUCAUAGACUAUUUCAAUAACCAACGACUAUUCAAACCAAAGAUCCACAUCAGUCGAUACGUCAUUGAAAGUUUCGAGUCUGCAAUACAUUAUCCUAUCGAUUCAUUUCUGGCUGCACUCUUCGAUGAUAUGGUGUUGAGGAUACGUGCUGUGGGACUUCACGAGUACUGGACAAGACAACAUCGACAAACUAUCGUGGAUAAUUCUGUACAACACAAAGAACUGAAAUUGCAGAAUCUUCUGGGAGCAUUCAUGAUCCACGGGGUAUUGUGUGGUUUCAGCUGCAUUAUUUUUCUUAUUGAAUUAAAUAUAUCCAAGGCAGAUCAUUUUCUCAAAAAUAAAUAGAAGAAAACUGCACCAACACUCCUUUUUCAUAGCUUAACCAACAAUUCUAAAACUUUAAACUCUAAACAAUUGUAUUUUGUUAUCACAUUGAAAGACACGUUGACGUGUCAGUAGACUACUUAUGCAUGGAAGGAAAUACGGAAGGAACUGUUGCAAGAACCUUCUAAGAAGCACACCAACCAUAUGGCUAUAAAAGCCUACAGAAUUUGCUAGAACGGAAUAAGCUUCCUGAAAAUGUGAAAAGUAUUGUAAUGACUAAAUAUUGACAAUGAUAAAACAAAUUGCGUGCUUGUUAGUUGAAUACCUGUACAGUAAGGUGGGGCAAAACUUUCCCGUAGUGGAAUAGACAAUAAACUGUUGAAAAGAAAUAAAUAUAACACAGUGAACAUUCAACAUAUUGGCUUCAAUUAAUGCUGUGCAAUGCUAUUGGGUUGUAUAAAUAACAAUCGCUUAACUUUACAACAUGUAGAAUCUACUCAAAAACAAAAUCCAAAAAAA